AUGUUAGCAGCACCUGACAAAGACAAAAUUCAGUUUAGCCUCCGAUUCCUCCUGUCCCUCCCCUUCAAUGAACAAACAACAGCCUCAUUCACUGCACCUCUGCUGACCUCAUUGUCUCUUUGUGAAGGGAAAAUCCACAGUUGCAUUCUGCUAAAUAGACCAGCACCGGACACCCGCCUGACCGUCACUAGUCCUGAUGAGGACACCUUAUCAGUCAUUGAGAAUACAGCAACCAUCAGCCAUUCCUUUUCCUCCGAGAAGGCAAUAGUCGUCGAACAACACGAGGAAACACAGAGCUGCUUAAACGCGUUUCAGAAAACACUACAUGCUCACAGGCUGGUGAGGCUGCUGGCAGCCGUGUGUGCACUUGGACUCUUGGGAGGCUUGGCUAUUGGCGUCUGGUUUCUAGUCAAGUUUCUCCUGAGGCCGUCGUCUUCUCACAGUGCAGUGGGACUGGGGGACACAAAAGAGACUUCUUUCUGCAACGUGACUGAGGACGUUCCCAUCGUCGACCCCAGAAAAGUGUUUUACAGGAUCAGCCCUGAGAACUCUCUGCUGGAGAUCCAGUUUGGAAAGCUGCCUACCUGGCUACCUGUUUGCUAUGAACGUUGGAAUUCAUCACUAGGAACACUGGUCUGUAGGCAGCUGGGUUAUCUGAGACUGACCAAGCACAAAGGUGUGAAUCUGACUGAUAUUAGGCCCAACUAUACUGAUGGUUUUCUUCAGAUUAUCUCGGAACAAUGGGGAACUCUGGAAGACAUCUGGCAGUUCAGGCAGAGCUGCAUCACUGACAAAGUUAUCGCCUUGCAGUGUUUUGAGUGUGGCACGCGAGCUAAACUGCCCAGGAUAAUCGGGGGAGUAGAGGCCACGCUGGGAAGGUGGCCCUGGCAGGUCAGCCUUUACUACAGCAACCGCCACACCUGCGGAGGGUCCAUCAUCACCAGCCAAUGGAUCAUCACAGCUGCUCACUGUGUGCACAACUACAGGCUGCCACAGGUGUCCAGCUGGGCUGUCUACACAGGCAUGGUGACACGGAGCUUGGAGAAAAUGACAGAGCGGAUGGGUCACGCCGUGGAAAAGAUAGUCUACAACAAGAACUACAACCAUGUGAGCCAUGACAGUGAUAUUGCUCUGAUGAAACUGCGGAUCCCGCUUAAUUUCUCAGAUACAGUUCGCCCUGUGUGCCUACCUCAGUAUAACUACGACCCACCUGGAGGUACGCAGUGCUGGAUCUCUGGUUGGGGAUACACACAACCUGAUGGGGUUCACUCAUCUGACACGUUGAAAGAGGCACCCGUCCCACUCAUAAGCACCAACAAAUGCAACAGCUCCUGUAUGUACAACGGAGAGAUCACGGCGCAAAUGCUCUGUGCCGGAUACACUGAGGGAAAAGUGGAUGCGUGUCAGGGGGAUAGUGGUGGCCCUUUGGUGUGUCAGGAUGACAAUGUGUGGAGGUUAAUAGGAGUCGUCAGCUGGGGGAAUGGUUGCGCCGAGCCCAAUCACCCUGGAGUCUAUACCAAAGUGGCCACAUUCCUUGAGUGGAUCUAUGAGAUGAUGGAGAGUUAUUGA